AUGCGAACUAACAGAGCAAUUUCAGCUGGUGCUGCUUUAGACACAAGCCCGCUGAAGGGAGUGGAAGAAGAGCGGCUGUCCCCUUCUCAGCAAAGGAGCCAGAGGUCUGAAACAAUCCCUCUCUCCAAGACAUCCAGCCUGGAGAAACCCACCUCUGGGCUGAAAUGUGGUCUUCGUCCCAUUGACCUGAAGAGCCCAGAGGACCUUCUGCCACCUGGAUCCUUCUCUCGAAUUGUUGGUGGGAGAGAUGCUGUGCCUGGAGGACAGCCUUGGCAGGUGUCUCUCAAACUGGGUCGUUUCCAUUUCUGCGGUGGCAGUCUAGUCCGAGAAGAUGUGGUUAUCACCGCAGCUCACUGCGUGGCCAACCUGGAGCAGAAGCUCCUGGGGAGGCUGGUGGCAACGGUGGGGGAGCAUCACCUCUGGCAGGUGGAUCGGCUGGAGCAGAGCAUCCCGGUCUCGCAUGUCGCCAUCCAUCCAGGGUUCAACAAGCAGCGCUACAUGGACUGUGAUGUGGCAGUUCUGCACCUGCAGCACCCAGCACGGUGUGGGGACGAGGUUCACCCCAUCUGCCUUCCCCACAGAGAUGAGGAUUUUGAGGCUGGGACCCUGUGUGUGGCUAGUGGCUGGGGCAAAGUGUCAGAGGGUGCUGGGGAGCUGGCUCCUGUGCUGCAGGAGGUGGAGCUGCCCAUCAUUGAUGGUGAGACCUGCGGUGCCCUGCUGAGGGAGAUGAACCUGCCACCACCGUCGCAGGGCUUCAUGCUGUGCGCUGGCUUUCCUGAUGGGGGGAAGGAUGCGUGCAAGGGUGACUCUGGAGGCCCCCUCGCAUGCAUGAGACCCAGUGGUGCCUGGACCCUGGCUGGUGUGGUGUCCUGGGGGGUUGGCUGUGCAAGGGGUUGGGAUACCCUGAAGAGGCGCACCAUGGCCCGGGGCUCCCCAGGCAUCUUCUCCCGGGUGGCUGCAUUUGUGGACUUCAUAGCUCAGCACAUGAAACCCGCUGCUGCGCCAAGCCCUCUUUCUGCACCAGCUCAGUGCAGUUCCCAAGGCAUACUGGUUUUUGGAGAAAGCGGUCGUGUUCAAUACCCGCAGUCUUUGGAGGAUAAUUACCCUGACAACAGCCUGUGCAUCUGGAAUAUAACAGUGCCAGAAGAGAAGAUCAUCUUGAUACACUUCACCAAACUAGACAUAGAGAGCCAAGUCGGAUGUGACCGUGACUAUGUGUCCCUCUAUUCGAACAGAAGAGAGCUAGUCAGUAAGGUCUGUGGGGAUGUGCUACCAGCCCCUCUGCUGAUAGAGUCGAACAGAGCUACUGUCAGGUUUGUUUCUGAUGAAGGCAAUGCUGGCCGUGGUUUCGAGCUCACCUUCACAGCCAUCCAUAAGGAUUCUGAAGCAGGUUCAGGCUGUGGGAGCGUUGCAAUGUUAGUGGAAGAGGGGAAGAUUGAUACUGCUAAUUACCCUGGCUUGUAUCCCAGGAACACAAAGUGCCACUGGCUCAUUGAGGCUCCAGUAGAGUAUGUCAUAAAGCUGGAGUUUGAAGACUUUGCUGUUGAACUGAGCCCAGGCUGUAUUUAUGAUUCGGUUACUGUUUAUGGUGAUGCAGAAGAGGAAAACCAGUUGGCUAAUCUCUGUGGAUUCUCAACUCCUAAAGCAGUACUGAGCCCUGAGAAUAUGAUGCUGGUGCAUUUUCAAAGCGAUGGGGAGAACAGCUUCAGAGGAUUCAGAGCCAGGCUCGCUUUUGUUCAUUCAGAAGAAGCAGGAAGAGAAGAUUUGGGGUCAACUACUGUACCAGUGUUGCCUCUGAAAGAUGUCCUCUUGGGUGCCUGUGGACUUCCUGCUGUCGCUCCCUGGUGGCUGUUCAAACACCUUACCAGGAGUGAAGAGGCCUGCCCCCACUGCUGGCCUUGGCACGGGGCCUUGAAGUUCCUUGGAGACUACCAGUGUGAUGGGGUUGUCAUCAGCCCUGUGUGGCUGCUGACAGCAGCCCACUGCAUGCAGCUGUCCAAUAAAUCCUUAUACUGGACUGUGACAGUAGGAGACCAUGAUAGAGCCGUGAGAGAGUCAACAGAACAGAUGAGACGGGUGAAAACCAUUGUGGUGCACCCUAACUUUGACAUAGCGAGCUACGACUCUGACAUUGCCCUGGUUCAGCUAGAUGUCCCUCUGGAGUACAAUGCUGCUGUGAGGCCAGUGUGUUUGCCCAACAGCACUGAGCCCGUAUCUUCCUCUUCCCUCUGCACUGUGUCUGGAUGGGGGAUCAUUGAAGAUGAUGGAAGCCGAGCAAGGCGACUGCAACAGAUACAAGUUCCUGUACUUGAGAAUGAGGUCUGUGAGAGGAACUACUACUUAAAUCACCCUGGAGGGAUUACAGCUAGGAUGCUUUGUGCAGGCUUUGUUUCUGCUGGAGGGAGGGAUUCCUGUCAGGGUGGUUCUGGCGGCCCUUUGGUUUGCAACAAGGAAAAUGGACAAUUUAUUCUUUAUGGCAUUGCCAGCUGGGGAGUUGGCUGUGCCAGAUCAAGGAAACCAGGAGUUUAUUCGAGGGUAAGGUCUUUCCUGGAGUGGAUCAGACUAACAAUGAAAGAUGGUGAACAGAGCACAUGGCAGGGAAGUGACAGUGGACCCAGGACCUCCGUACAGGAAUGGCCAACCAGCCUGCCCACAGAGCGUAUGAACUCUGUGGGAGAGGCAUGCGGACAAGGCUACAGGCUUCCUGUGCCCUUGGGUAUGCUGGUUAGUCUCCUGUACUUCUACCUUACCGUCUAUGAAAUGGGCUGCUACUGGAGAAUUAUAUCCCCAUUAAUAUCUAUUGUUCAGCUUGGUUUCCUGCACUUCCAGAGUGAAAGAAAUCUGUCUAAUUGUCUAUCUGUCUAA